UUUUUUAAAAACCAAAUAAAAAGGUAUACGCGAUUAGGGCUUCUAGAGAGAGAGAGAUAGCUAGUUGUGAAUUCGGUGGCGGCAUGAAUCAGCCGGAGAAUCUGGGAGAGUCUAGCAGGGUGAAUAAGAAUAUGAAUCGCAAUCGCAAUCGGAAGCGCAAGCGCAGAGUUCGGAGUGGAGCUAGAGCUCGGGCCGUAGCUAGAGCUCGGACCGGAGUUAGAGCUACGGUCGGAGGCGCUACUCUCUUGUACGACCCAGUCUAUUGCACGCGCUGUGAUCUUCAAACAAUGCGUAAGAUCGAAGAAUAUACAGCUCUAUGUAUCGACAUCUAUAACAAAACACACGCCGUAAAAUACAGUGUGCUGAAGGUGCUCCGUGCAACUGGACAUUUAUUCGCAGGUUAUCAGUACAGGAUUACAUUUACCGCUAAGCCUGUGAAGGAUGAUGAUGAUGAUGAUAGCAAUGCCAAAACCUUUCAAGCUACUUAUGCUGUUAUAUAUGAAUAUGUUGUCUCUGUUGAUUUUGCCCCUCCCGCUGAACCGGAACCGGAUGAAUCGGAAUCGGAUGAACCGGAUCUUGUAUAGGUAAUCAAUUUUUUUUUUUUCAAUGUUUUAAUUUUUUCUUAUUAUUUUUUUAAUCAAUUAAUCUCGAUGUGUGCAUUUAAAAAAGAAAAAUCUGCUUUGUUUGGAAACUGGUCCAGGGUUUUAUGCAGCUAAGUGGUUAAUAUUAAUAUUUCUUGAACUGGAUAUUAUUCGUAAAUAUAUUUUGUAAUCACUCUUUUGGGUUAAUACGAAUUGUCCAAAAGUUUGUAUGUGCUAUAUUUCGAUAUGUUUCUUAAUGUUUUGACCGUUGU